CAGCCGUCUGCACAAGUGAAGUGAAGGUGAAGUAAACCUCCUGGAAACCCCUGAGCCCCAGCGGCAGGGGACGAGGAGAAGGGGGCCAGGGCCAUCUGAGAGAGUGGGGGCUGCCUGCUGCCAAAGGUAUCUGAGAUGAAUCCCACCAGCCAGUUCCUUGGCACAACAGAAUAUGACUACGGAUACGAUGAAAACACUGCUCCUUGUAACGAAGGAAACAACUUUCGCAGGUUUAAAUCCCUCUUUCUGCCAAUUCUUUACUGCCUUGUGUUUGUCUUCUGCCUCCUGGGAAACUCCUUGGUCCUCUGGGUUCUCCUGACCAGGAAAAGGCUGACAACCAUGACUGACAUCUGCCUGCUGAACCUCGCAGCCUCUGAUCUCCUCUUUGUUUUGCCCCUCCCUUUCCAAGCCCACUACGCUUCAGACCAGUGGGUUUUUGGCAAUGCCAUGUGUAAGAUAAUGGCUGGUAUUUACUACACAGGUUUUUAUAGCAGCAUUUUCUUUAUAACCCUCAUGAGCGUAGACAGGUACAUAGCAAUUGUCCAUGCUGUCUAUGCCAUGAGGAUACGGACAGCCACUUGUGGCGUAAUUAUCAGCUUGAUCCUGUGGCUGGUGGCUGGCUUGGCUUCUGUGCCCAACAUCAUGUUCAGCCAGGAGCUGGAGGUCGAGCAGGCUUUGCAGUGUGUCCCCACAUAUCCCCCAGGUGACAAUGCCUGGAAGGUUGCUUCUCAGUUUGCAGCCAAUAUCUUGGGCCUCUUGAUUCCCUUCAGCAUCCUCGUUUUCUGCUACACUCAGAUACUAAAAAACCUGCAAAAAUGCAAAAACCAGAACAAGGUCAAGGCGAUCAAGAUGAUCUUCAUCAUCGUCAUCGUUUUCUUCCUUUUCUGGACUCCUUUCAACAUCGCGCUCUUCCUGGACUCUCUGCAGAGCCUGCACGUCAUCAAUGACUGCAAGGCGAGCUCCCAGAUAGCGCUGGCCCUGCAGCUGACAGAAACCAUCUCCUUCAUCCACUGCUGCCUGAACCCCAUCAUCUACGCCUUCGCUGGCGUGACGUUCAAGGCCCAUCUUAAAGGACUCCUUCAGUCCUGUGGCCGUGUCCUCUCCAGCCCUGCCGGAGGUGCCGGGGCUGGACAGUCGUUCUCGGCACCCAGCCAGCUCUCCGGCUGGUCUGACAGCGCAGGGGUCCUGUGA